CGAGAGUUAACGCGAACGGAAUCGCGCAGCCGACUCCAUCAGAAGAAGAAAUGGCCGGUUUCUUCUUCCUCUUCGGAAAGCGGUCCUUCUCAAACCCUCCUCGCUUCCUCCUCUUUUCCAAGAUCCCUAUCUUGUGCUCGUCGACCUCCUCCCUCGUCUCUUCGUCGCAAACCCUAGCCCGCUCCCCGAUCCGGAGUGGGUUCAACAACGUCGUCGUCGGUGGGAUUGGCGGGUUCCCUCGGGUUUCCGUCCCCCGACGGUUCUCUUCCCAUCCGGCAGCCGUACCGGAUCUCAAGACCGUUGAUGGGCUGACGGUGGACGCCAUAGCGGCCAAAGACUGGCCGAUCCUCGGUGAGAGCGAGAGCGACUGGAGAAGCCACGCCGCUGCCAUCGCUCAAUCCAUACAGCUUAUCAAGAAGCGGAUGCAGUGGAGAAAGUUGAUUGUCAGGUUGGAUCAGGUGUCUGCAGUGCUAAACAAGCCAGACCUUUGGGAUGAUCCUGUUUCUGCUGGGAGAAUAAGUCGUGAACACGGUGAACUACUGAGUAAGAUGAAGGAGGUUAAUGGGUAUGAACAAGAACUACUUGAGCACAUAGACUUGAUGAAGCUUGCUCGUGAAGAGAACGAUGAAGAAUUGGAAUGGGAAUCUAUGAAAGCACUGGUCAAUAUGAGAAGAACUGCAAAAGAGAAGGAACUUGAAGCUUUGUUAUCUGGGGAUAAUGAUUCUUGCUCUUGCUUUAUAGAGGUCCAGGCUGGUGCUGGAGGGACAGAGAGCAUGGACUGGGCUGCCAUGGUUAUGAACAUGUACAAGUCAUGGGCUCAACAUCAUGGAUUUGUAGUUACGAUUGUGGAGGAAAUGCCUGGUGAGAUAGCAGGAAUAAAGCGUGCAACAAUUAAAGUAGAUGGUGACUAUGCAUUUGGAUAUGCCAAGGCAGAAGUUGGGGUGCAUAGGUUGGUCAGAAUUUCCCCUUUUGACAGCGGAAAGCGACGCCAUACUUCUUUUGCUGCUGUUGCUGUAAUUCCUAUUCUCGGUGAUGGAUCUACACGGUACCAAAUAAAGGAGUCAGAUCUUCGUAUUGAACGGUUUCGUGCAAGUGGUGCUGGUGGCCAACACGUUAACACAACAGAAAGUGCUGUGAGGAUAGUGCACAUUCCAACAGGAAUAUCUGCUACAUGCCAAAAUGAAAGAUCUCAGCAUUCAAAUAAAGCAUCGGCAAUGGCAGUGCUCCAAUCUCGAUUAGACCAGCUUGAGAUGGCCCGUCAAGCCCAACUAAAUGCAGAGCACACUCAGUCUCUUACGGAUAUCAGCUGGGGCAACCAAAUAAGAACUUAUGUACUCCAUCCAUACCGCAUGGUGAAAGAUCUCAGAACGAACUAUGAAGUCUCGGACCCUGAUUCUGUUCUGGGUGGCGACCUUGAUGACUUUAUAUUGAAUUUCUUGUCCUAUUUGUUGGAUAAAGAUGAGGCCAGUGUGUGAACCAUGGUUUCUGUCUGAAGAUUUAGUCAGUUGGCCUGCUUCUCUGGUGCUGCUUAGGCCUGGCCUUGGAUCCCCCUCCUAGCGUUUCAAGAGUAUUUACAUCAAGGUAGAUCUAAGCACAACCAGCGAUAGAUAACUUGUGGAAGGUGAGGAGUUUCAUGAGAGCUUUGUCUUCCUGCUCUCUUCUCACAAUUAUUUGCUUCCAAGGGGCUUUAAAGUAUAGCCACUUAUGGCUUGUGGAGGGGGAUGCUUGAUGCAAGAUCUGUCUUCCUACUCUUCUCAUACCCUUGUUUAAAAGCAUUUGAAAUCUGGAUAGCUUGUGGAGCGGGGAUGCUUAUGCAAGUUGUGUUCCUACUCUUCUCAGAGUCUUGUUUACAAGCAUUUGAAGUAUGCAUAUGAUGCAAAUGAGGAACCAAACAUUUGAACAGCCAUUUGGGUCUUUUGUAAGGCUAACUGUAGCAUGUAGUUAAAAUAUUUUAGUA